AUGGUUAACAAGGAACUGGUUGAGCUACUGACCCAUGACGUCAGCAACCUGCGAAGAGAUUUGUAUGUGUUCACUCUACCAAAAUGCUACAGUGCUUCAGACAUCAUUGUGUUCUGGGGGUAUGCUAUUAAACAUUUUUUGCAUUUUAUAUCUCGUAGUGAUGACCCAGUUGUUACUUCCCUGGUCAAGUGUAAGGAGUUUCAUGAAUUUGUGCACUGGCAUUCUCAUAAGCCUCUUAGUGACCAUUAUGAGAGAACAAAGUUUUUUACAGAUGGAAAAUCCCAGUAUGUUCUCAAAUCAAUGCAAAAGUUACAGACUUUUCAAUAAUUUUUUGGAAACUCUUUAGAAGGCACUACUUCCAAAACCAUUGUAACUCAAUCUGUUGGGCCAAAGAAAGAUUUUGUUAAAGCAAAGGAGAACAAAAAAUUACAUAACUCCUUCAGAAUUUCAGGCAAAGUAACAAAUUUGAGUAUAGCUAUUCAUAUGAUGAAAAUAAUCCAUUCCAUAAUGGAAAGAUACCAGGAAUUUUUGCAGGAGCCAGAGAUAAAGAAGAUAUCCAGAUGUCUUAAAUAUUUAGAAUUUGACAAUUUGGCCAAAACUUUGGAUCCUACACAGUUAAUGCUGAUGACAGGGGUUAUGGAAAAUGGUAAAAAUAGCAAAAAUGUCCUUUACCCUAUUGAUAUGGGACCAACUCGCUUUCAUCUACAACACAUGGUCCAUUACUUGUUCUGGGAUAAGAGAAAAGAUCCAUAUCCAAAGGUUAAGGAUUUUAUUCCAGACACAUGGCAGUGAGAGGUUCUUAACAUUGUGGACAAUAACGAGUCGUUGAUCAUUGCUCCCAUUUCAUUCGGGAAAACAUAUGCCUCUUAUUACUGCAUGGAGAAAAUUCUGAGGGAGAGUGAUGAUGGAGUGAUUGCAUAUGUGGCCCCCAAGAAGAGCCUUGUUAACCAAGUGUCAACCACUGUCCAGAGUCGUUUCACCAAAUGCCUGCCUGAAGGUCAAGUUCUUUGUCAUGUUUUUACAAGGGAUUACCACCAUUAUGCAUUUAACCAUCAGGUACUCAAUGCUACAGAGUGUUUCAGAAGAGUGAAUCACGAUAUUUCUUUGUAGGUCUGUUUUGGAAUCCUAUUGCUUUCCCCUAAUUGUCAAGAAUGAGUGGAAAAGAUCAGAUGUGUUAUAUUUGCUGAGGUUCAUUGUCUUGGGGGACAAAUUGGAGCAGAAAUUUGGGAACAUCUGCUGGUUAUGAUCCAAUGUCUCUUCUUGGCUCUUUCAGCAAACAUCAGCAACCCUGAGUAUCUCACUGAGUUUUCCUUGCUCCAGACCCGGCGCUCUAUCUCCUGCAUCACCUACUUAUCCAAGUACUUUCCAGUGAUUCAAUGGAUUGAGAAACAUGAGUUUCCAUCUGACCUUGCCCUUUUUCCAAGAGAAAACAUAUAGCAAUAUGACAUUAUGGUACAAACAUGGAAAGUUUGGUAAAUAUAGGAAUUGUGUCCUGAGGAAUUUGUUUACUCUAGGAACAAAAUAGUCAUUACAAAUAUGGAUGCUAGAAAAUAUGAAGCAACGUUAAAGGAAGAAAUAGCUAAUUGUAUUUAAAAUGGUGAUGAAAAUAAGAUGUCUGGAUGUGCAGGCAGACGAGAUUAAGACUUUCUAGGAAAUGUGUUUUCCUACGAUAUUCUAUUACUGAAAACAGGCAAGCUUAUUAAUUUCAAUGUACCAGAACUGAAAGGCCAGUUCACCUUUGGUAUGAGCCUGGUCCCAUGGUUCAUGUUGUUGGCUUCCAAAGCAGACAACAUCCUGGAUGCUAAAGCAAAAGUACUAUGGUUGAUGUUAAUUAAUAAAUAUUUGAACAGUGAAGGAAAUCCAAUUGAUUUUGUUGGACUAUUCCAUAAUCUAUGUCAAACAACUAAAAAAAGCUCAAAACACUUUUUUCAAGAUGUGAUGGAAAAACUUACAUUAGUAUUAGCAAGUCUGUUUGGAAGAAUAUAUGUUCCAACAAAUCUCCUAGGUGGCAAUUUAAAGUUUUAUCAAUCCAAGGUAUGGCUAAAAGAAGAUUUUGACAUUAAACUAACUCUUUCCAAUUUGAAUCGAUCAGAAUUCACAGGUAAAAAAUCUGACACUUCCAAGCUUGUAUCUUACCUAAUGGACUGCAAGGAAGACAGAUCUACUGUUUCUCUCUUUGUGUGUCUUUCUGGAGUUACAGAUCAAGAUUUACUUCAAGUACAGAAUGUCAACAAUAAUAUUUGUAGGGAUGUACUUAGUAGUUUACAGACUUUAGUCCUCCCAGUGCUUUAUUGAAAGAAAGUUGACAGUCUAGGGAGAAGAAUGCCACUCAAUGCUUAUGUCCUUGAUUUCUAUAAACAUAGCUCUCUGAAAGAAUUAGAACAAGAUAACAGUGUUUCUUUAAGGGAAUGAUGUGAAGAUGAGGCCAACGAUGUGGUGUUUACAUUUGAACAACUUAGUAAAAGUUUCAAAGAAAAACUGGAAGAAGUCUAA